AUGACAUUGACAGUUGUGAAUUCGCUAGACAAAAAUGACGUGGAGUAAAAGGUUAUGAAUUUGUUUUAAAUCGUAUUUACUUAUGUAUUUAGCAAUAUAAAUAGUAAAUACUUUAUAAAAAGACGUAUAAGUGUACAGGCUUCAAGAUGAUAGAGAUAUCAGAUACCCAGAAAAUUGGUGUAGGCCUGGCAGGCUUUGGUAUGACAUUCCUAUUCCUGGGUGUGCUCCUGCUGUUUGAUAAGGGUCUAUUAGCUAUUGGGAAUAUCCUCUUCAUCAGUGGCCUCGCGUGCGUGAUAGGGCUCCAGAGGACAUUCUUCUUCUUCUUCCAGCGGCAUAAGGUCAAAGCCUCCGCGGCAUUCUUCGGUGGAAUCACUGUUGUGCUCCUCGGCUGGCCUAUGAUUGGCAUGAUUGCGGAAAUAUAUGGAUUUCUGUUACUGUUCAGAGGGUUCCUGCCAGCCGCUGUCAACUUCCUUAGAAUGGUGCCAGUUUUGGGCUCCCUCCUCAACCUGCCCAUCAUCAGAGGGAUCGUGGACAGGAUAGCAGGCGACAACGGUCGAAAUAUGGAUCUUGCAUGACGAUCAUUCCAAUGGAGGAAGCAAAAAACUGACUACCCUACAUCUACAUUCCAUCAAAAUAAUUAUGCAAAACUCAAAUUCACUUGGCAAAUCAAUACUAUAAAAUGCGAAUGUGUGUCUGUUUCUUGGUUGGUCCUUCAAUCAGGCCGCAAGUCGCAACGAAGUAACGGAUCAACCCUCCAACCACCCAUGGCCCCACCAACCUCUCGGUUAUAUGGGCCGAAUCGCGGGAGAGCCCCCCGGUACUUGCUCCGAAUUGGAGUGGAAGUAACGGAUCGUCGUGAUUUUUAGGGUUCCGUACCUCAAAAGGAAAAACGGAACCCUUAGAGGGUCACUUCGUUGUCUGUCUGUCUGACUGUCGGCCAAGU